AAUUGGCCCAACAACACUUUGCGGCUUGACCCAAAAUAACCCACGCCAGACCAGACACCACGCACAGCCGUCUUCCCCGGCCCGACGCCCAGCCGCCGGCUGCCCCAUCCCCGCCUCUCCCUGCGUCGUCGCCCUCCCCGGUCGCCGGCCGCCCAAUCGCCUAGGAGGCUCCUCCGCACCUGCCUCUCGGUCGCGCCCUCGCGCCAGCUGCGCCACUGCCCCCGGCGGCGACCCUGCUACCCAAGUGUGCCCUGCCCCAGCCGCCUGGCACCCCUGCAAGCCGGCGGCAAUCGCCCACCGCCCAGUCUGCACUGUGGCACUAGGCUCGGUCUGAUUUGAGGGUCAAGCUGCUGUGAGAUGGAUAUUUUGUAUCUAUGCAAGGAUAUCUUAAAGAUUCAGAAGUUUAGGCGACUGGCGUCUUAUGCUGGAUUCUAUUCAUUCACCACCCUCGUUACCUAUGCUUACACAAGCAAUACGACAAGGGCUGGCAUUUCGAGGGCUGAUCAGUAUUAUGCCGCCUACCCUUCUGGUACUGACCUGCUGACUGAUACUGCAAAGCUUUACAAGGCUGCGUUGGGUAAUUGUUUCGAAAUAGACGACUGGGGUCCAAUAGAAUUCUCCAUCAUGGCAAAGCAUUUUGACCGGCAAGGCAAACCACCAUAUGCUUACCAUGCUCAAUACAUGUCACACCUUCUAUCCCAUGGCCAGCUCGAUGGAAGUGGUUAACUGCAGGGAUGUGUUCUGUUAGAUUCUCUUGAGGCUUCAUUGUAGUCCUUCAGUUAUUUGUAAGAAAGAGAUGGCUCACUGAAAUCUUGAAUUGUUCUGGCCUGUUACGAUGGAUGGCAGAGUCAAAAUCGUAGAUGCUGAGCUGUUGCAAUAUCAACUUAAUAAUAGUCAAAACUGUGCGGAAUUUCCCCAUGAA